AUGAGACGGACAAAGGAGCUAUCAGUGAUUCUACUUUCACUGCCAUUAGGCUUGCUACCCCAUUUGAUAUCGAGCUUUGACUUGCACCUUAUCAAUCCACUCUAUCGUUCCCGAUCGUUCGUUCCGCAAUCAUUACAUAGCACAAGAUCCUCCGACAAUGAUCAGAAGCAGCGCCAGGAUAUCUCAUCAAAGUCUGGGAAAGACAGUACCGAAAAUGUCAGGCUUGUCAAGAACAAUAAAGCAAGUCCAGGCGUGGUGAAUGCCCGCUAUGUCGCUGUCAUGGCGCUACUCGCAGCCAGCAGUUCCGAAGCCUUUUCGUUGAGACGAUUGGAACAAGAUCAAAAUUAUCUUCAACUGGAAAUUAGAGAUCGACGUUUUGCAAGAAUGUUGGUGGCCACUGUCGAACGACGCAAGGGACAGAUUGACAAGAUACUCAAGCACUGCAUCACUAGCAACACCAGUAAACGAACAACGCCCAAACAGCAAAACGCAAUGGACGCAGAAUCCAUGGUAUAUGCUGCACUGCAAAUUGGAGUGGUGCAGCUAAUCUUCCUCCAAACACCGCCCCAUGCAGCUGUCAAAGAGACUGUGGAUGUGCUUCGAAUGAAUCGCAGAAUCAAAGUAUCAAAAUCCAAGAUCAGCCUUGUCAAUGCUGUACUGAGACGCGUCCAUAGAGAAGCUCAAGAAUUGGACAGCAUCACUUCUCCAAUCGACAAUAUUGCUCCCUGGUUGAGGCAGGAAUGGUUGGAGUCAUGGGGACCCGAAAAACUAAAUGCAAUCACUGAAGCGGCCAUGACGGAAUCCCCAGUCUACAUUUCGGUAAACAACAAUAACCAAGAAACACAAGAUGACAUGUUGCAGUCGACCCUGGAGGCUUUUCUACAAACAGCAGCCAGAAACAAUAGGCCCGUAUCGCACUGGCCACUCUAUCAGGAAGGACAUUGGUGGGUACAGGAUGCUGCUGCCACUCUACCCGCCCUGGCACUCUACAAUUCACUUCUUGACAAGAAACACAAACAAGAAAUCAAUUCAGACAGUAUUGCUCCCAAUGACAUGACUGUUGUGGAUCUCUGCGCGGCACCGGGUGGCAAAACCGCUCAAUUGCUCUCACUUGGAUUUCCGUCUGUCACGGCUGUGGAAAUCAGUUCACGAAGAGCUAGGCAGUUACAGACAAACCUGGAGCGUCUGGGAUUGAAGUGCCAAGUAGAUGUCGCGGAUGGCACUACAUGGAUGCCACCACAAUCAUCGAAGAAGAUUGCAGGGGUACUGUUGGAUGCGCCCUGCUCUGCAACUGGGACUGCCAGUCGCCGCCCCGAUGUAUUGCGAAAAUCCAAACGAGACGUGAAACAGCUCUUGGAGACGCAAUACCGUCUGGCGACGCACUGUAUAGACAAUCUACUGGAACCAGGAGGGAUCCUCGUCUAUGCCACAUGUUCACUGCUGAAACAAGAAAGUGAAGAUCAAGUACAAAAACUUUUGGAUAAUGAGGAGGCAUCCUGCCGUGUCAAGACGAUCCCGUUCCAACAGGGAGAAAUACCCGGAUUUGAUCAAGCCAUUGAUGAACACGGCCAUUUGCGGGUUAUUCCUGGAACGUUACCAGGAAAACUAAGCACUUGCGAUGGCUUCUUUGUAGCUCGUUUGCAAAAGCAAUAA